UUUCUUAAUAAAAAUUUAAUCAAAUGGAGUCUCUUAACUUCGACAAAUAUCCAUUCCUUGCUGAGCUUGGACUUGAAAAGGAGAGCCUUGGCUGCUACACUAAUGGUGAGUGGAAGUCGGGGGAGGAAACUGUCAACAGUGUCAGUCCUCACGACAACUCAAUUACUGCUACAGCCAAGCUAGCAACUGCUGAUCACUACGAAGAGUGCAUUAAGAGUAUGGAAGAAGAGAAGGCAGCCUGGAUGAUGCUCCCAGCCCCAGCCAGAGGAGAGAUUGUCAGACAGAUCGGAGAGAAAAUAAGAGAGAAGAAAGACGCACUCGGAUCUUUGAUCGCACUUGAAAUGGGUAAGAUCAAAGCUGAAGGUGAUGGUGAGGUACAAGAAGUCAUUGAUAUCUGCGACUUUGCUUGCGGUCUAUCUAGAUCUUUGGAAGGUAAAGUACUACCAUCUGAGAGACCAGGACAUAUGAUGCUUGAAUGCUGGAACCCAUUGGGUAUUGUUGGAGUUAUCACUGCCUUCAACUUCCCAUGUGCUGUGUUCGGAUGGAAUGCAUGUAUCGGACUCGUUUGCGGAGACCUUAUGCUUUGGAAGGGAUCUGAAACAACUCCAUUAGUAUCUAUUGCUACUGCAAAGAUUUUUGCUGACGUCUUAAAGGAAAACGGAUUCAACUCUGUUGUAAGUCUCUGUCAAGGAACUGGAAAAGAGGUUGGAGAGCUUAUGACCAAUGACAAGAGAGUUCCUCUGGUUUCAUUCACAGGAUCCACUCGUGUUGGAAGAAUCGUAGGAAAUACUGUCAGCAAAAGAUUUGGAAAGACAAUCCUUGAAUUAGGAGGAAACAAUGCUGUUAUCAUCCUUGAUGAUGCUAAUGUUGAUAUGGCUCUUAAAGCAUGUGCUUUCUCUGCAGUUGGUACUUGUGGCCAGAGAUGCACAUCUUUGAGAAGAAUCUAUCUUCAGGACAAUAUCUAUGAUGAUUUUGUUGAAAAGCUGGUGAAAUCAUACUCAACUGUGAAGAUCGGAGAUCCCCUUGACAAUGACACUCUUGUUGGACCUCUCCAUAAUAAAGCUGGGGUAGAAAUCUACACGAACGCCAUCGAAGAAAUCAAGAACCAAGGUGGAAAGAUAUUGACUGGAGGUAAUGUUAUUGAAGGUGAUGGAAACUAUGUUGAGCCAACCAUAGUUGAGAUUGACAAGGAUUCAGAGAUUGUACAGACCGAGACCUUUGCUCCAAUCCUUUACGUGUUUAAGAUUAAGGAUGUUGAUGAAGCUAUUAAGUACAACAAUGAUGUUCCACAAGGACUUAGCUCAUCUCUGUUCACAAAUGAUCUCAAGAACUACUUCAAGUGGAUUGGCCCACUCGGAUCUGACUGUGGUCUUGUCAAUUGCAACAUUGGAUCUAGCGGUGCAGAAAUCGGUGGAGCCUUCGGAGGAGAGAAAGAGACUGGUGGUGGCAGAGAAUCCGGAUCAGAUGCUUGGAAGCAAUACAUGAGAAGAAGCACCUGUACUGUCAACUUCUCUACAAGCUUGCCAUUAGCACAAGGAAUCAAAUUUGAUGUCUAA